AUGAGAGGACAGUCGACACUCGGGCUGGUGCUUGCUGUGGGUCUGGUGCUCGCCCUACCAGGCUGCCAGGGUCAACGGAAUUAUCAGCACCAGGUUCAAGAACAACAGCAACACCAUAAUCAUCCUCAAAAUCUUUGGCAGAUCACCAACGAGGAUAACGGUCAUGGACCUGCGAGGGUCUCUGCCUAUACCCAUUCCGCUCGUCAGCAGAGGCGGGCCCUAUAUAGCUUCAGCAAAAAUCUCGAGCGAUUCCCGACAUUUGAAAAGAACGAGAGGCGGGAUGUUAAUGAGGACCUGGUCAAGGGCGUCGUUUCUGCUUCCGCCACCCCUGAGCCAUCUACCCCAGAACCAUCCACCAUUGCAUCCACUACUGCAUCCACUACUGCAUCCACCACUACACCCACCACUGCACCCAUCACUGCAUCCGUCACUACGUCUACCACUCAGCACUCUGCUGACCCCUCCAUAGACACACCCUCUCCCACAUCUUCUAGCGCAACGACGACAACGGCUAUUACUCCUUCUAUAACUACUGCUACAUCUCCCAGUACGGCAACUUAUAUCACGCCUUCCUCAUCCCCGCCUUCUUCUGCUUCUGCUUCUGCUUCUGCUUCUGCUUCUGCUGAUACUUCAACUACUGUUACUACUACAGAUGCUGGUGCUUCAAGCCUAAGCCCGAGUCCAGAGACCGUGACUACUCCCGCCACCGCCACUACUACCAUCACCACCACUAUCGAACAAACAACGGUCACCACCACAGACCCACCGAUCACCACUACCACGAAUGUGCAAACCACAACUUCGCCCGAAACCACAACUUUGCCCGAAACCACAACUGUUGCAACCACAACUGUUGCAACCACAGCCACUGUUGAGCCGACUCCAGGAACCACAACCACUGUGCCAACGGAUCCCAUAAUCACUACCACCCCUUCUCCUCCUCCUCCUAUCACGACCCCAGAGGCAACCACUACACCAGGAACAUCCAAUCCUCCAAAGACGACAACCAAUAAGCCAGUGACAUCUCAUGGCGGUGAACACUCCCAAACGGGUCCUUCGGCUACCACUUCUGACCCUGCUAAGCCUUCAGAGGUAGCCUCGGCGGGAAGCAGUUCUUCGAGCAACAAGAUGGCCAUCACGAUAGGUGUUGUCAUCGGUGCAGUUGUGAUCGCUGGCGGUAUUGGUGUCUGGGUCUUUCGCAAGUGGAAACUAUCUCCUUCAAGACAGUUUAAGAGCAAGAUCCGAAACUCGAACCUUGGAGCACCUGGUGGAUCGGCGCAUGGAGAUGAUGCGGGCAAUUUCGCAUCUUAUACGGACAUUUUCCGGCCGCCUGUGCACGACUCAGCACUUCCAAUCACUGCGUCGUCCAUGGUCGGGCCAGCCUCUGCAACAGGAUCAUCGUCACCUCUGCAAAGCCAGCAGUACCAACACUCGCCGUAUGAUCAGCAGCUGUAUGACCCACAGGCACAGCCUCCGUCGACGCAGUCGCAGCACAUGAGUUUAUCAAGUACGGCGACCGUACCAGAUUACGGCCAGUACCGGUAUGUGCAGUCAGGAGCGCAGGGGCCGAUGAUGAGCAGCGGGUAUGAUUCGGGCGUGCCUGACGCAAUUCUGGGACAAAAUUCUGGUACGCAUUUGUCGUAUGGAUCAGACGAAUAUGGGGGACAGAGCAACCUCUUCCUGCGCGAGUUGCGUGAGUAG